GCUGACUACUAUAAAUAUAAUCCGAAUACCCUUUCCCUUUUGAAUUGAAUUUCCGGUAAGCAACGUAUUCAAUAAAACCACGAUUAUCAAGCACCGUGAUAAUCAGAUCGCCUCUUUUUGAUUCGAAACUUCAAACCAAAUCAAGAUCACACGCGGCAGUGGUGUACGAUUUGCGGGUGUAGGUUUAGUUAAUAUUUGAUGAGGAAUGAGACGAUGAACAAGAAAUCCAGUUGCUGCGCAAUUUGCGAUUGCUCGAAUCGCCCUUCUAUUUGCGCUGUUUGUGUCAAUUACAGAUUGAAUGAGUACAAAACGUUGUUGAAAUCAUUGAAGAGUCGUCGGGAACACUUGUAUUCAAGAUUGAAUGAAGAGCUUGAAGCUAAGCGGAAGGCAGACGAGCAGCUCAGGUGGAGAAUGCUUCAAAAGGAGAAGCUUGCAAGUUUGAGGGAGAAACUCCAUCAUGGUAGAGAGCAACUCAAGCAAGAGAAGAUGAAGGUUCAGAAGAUGUCUUCUGAUUUAAAGGUCAAAUAUGAGGUGCUUGAAUCAGCUCGUAGUACGUUGGAGAAAAAUCGAGUGGAACAACUGGAUAAGUUCUAUCCUAACCUUAUUUGCACUCAGAGUUUAGGAUAUAUGGCAAUAACGUCUGAACGGCUUCAUAAACAGUCGUUGAUCCUAAAGCAGAUAUGCAAAUUAUUCCCUCAACGUCGGGUUACUGUAGAUGGAGACAGAAAAGAUGGCUCGAAUGGUCAAUAUGAUCAAAUUUGCAAUGCACGCUUACCAAGAGGGCUUGACCCGCAUUCUGUUUCAUCUGAGGAGCUUGGUGCCUCAUUGGGAUACAUGGUCCAACUUCUGAAUCUUGUUGUUCAGAACUUGGCUGCUCCGGCGCUUCACAAUGCAGGUUUUGCGGGUUCGUGUUCACGAAUAUGGCAACGAGAUUCUUAUUGGAAUGCACGGCCAUCUUCAAGAAGCAAUGAAUAUCCUCUUUUUAUACCACGCCAAAAUUAUUGCUCCACUCGUGGUGAAAAUUCAUGGACUGAUAGAAGCUCAAGUAAUUUUGGAGUUGCUUCAAUGGAAUCUGAGAAAAGACCUCACCUAGAUUCUUCUAUUAGCUUUAAUUAUUCUGCAGCCUCUCCUCAUUCUGUUGAAACACACAAAGACUUGCAGAAAGGGAUUUCCUUGCUCAAGAAAAGUGUGGCGUGCAUAACGGCUUACUGUUACAACUCUCUAUCAUUAGACGUUCCUUCAGAGGCAUCUACUUUUGAAGCCUUUGCAAGAUUAUUGGUCACAUUAUCUUCUUCUAAGGAAAUUCGAUCUGUUCUUUCCUUGAAAAUGGCAUGUUCAAGGUCAUGUAAGCAAGGUCAACUUUUGAACAAAUCUGUUUGGAAUGUGAAUUCAACUAUUUCAUCCAGUUCUUUAUUAGAGAGUGCCCAUACCAUGUCUUUAACGAAAAACAUGUGUGACAACAUACCAACUUCAGCUGCCAGUUUUCUCUAUUAUGCAGCGGAGAUGUCUGAUUCUGGAAAGAAUGAAAUCCUAACUGAUGGAUGGGAUCUGGUGGAGCAUCCGACUUUUCCUCCACCACCAUCACAUACCGAAGAUGUUGAGCAUUGGACUCGAGCCAUGUUCAUUGAUGCCACCAAGAAAUGAUCUGGUGUGCAAUUGCAGCCUUGUACUUUAUUCAGGCAGGAAGAUACUUGUGAGAAGAUGGGACUGUGACCCUGACUGGGGAUAGAUUGUACAUUUCCAGACAUUCUUUAACUUGUUUCGCUUCUAAUUAGAGGUUACUCCCAGCAGAUUUACAUAUUUGUUCUGUAAAUAUAAAGGACUCUGGUUGCUGCCUUCUGCCCUAUGAUUAUUGAAUUUCUUAACCAAGUUAUCUAGGCAAUGGCUUUGGGCUUUAUUAAGGGGCUCUUUGCA